UUUAUUUUCAGUUUGGUAUAACCAAGUAGAGUCAAAGAAUCAUGUCGUACCCAGGGGAAGGAACGCACAAGAUGUCCAUGUACGGUCUGAAGGACUGGUCUCCCGGCGAGCAGAAACUACAGUGGCAGGAGUAUGUCAGGCGCGAGAUUCGGCUGGAGAAGAACCACCUCGCGACACGAGGGAAGCUGGGAAAACCCAACAUCGUAGUGACUGAGGACAUGCUGAAGUCUAACAUGACGGUCUACAAUAACAACAAACAGCAUCAGGAGAAAGGCGCGUACGAACGUCUGUUUAACCAGGAGUCUGACUACAACAGCAAGCUGCACCGGGACGACAGACAGCACACCGUGGGGCUCAACGUACACGCCGAGGAGAUAUCCAAGGCAGUGCCGCUGCGGAGUUCCUCUCAGUACGGCUUCCUGUUGAACCGGGAGACUGACCCGCCCAUGCGGGGGGAGUACGUGCGAGUCGCGCACGUCUUCAAGGGGUUCUACCGUGACAGGGGCGUCAACCUCCCUACAAGUCAUGACUGAACCGUCCCUAGAAUCCUCAUAUAGGCUCAAUGAGACAUUUGCAUCAGGCAUGUGCCUGUGCACUAUGAGAACUUUCAUAUACGAUUCAUUUUCAUAUACGUUUAGACAUUGCAAAAAGCACCAACAGUAAUAAAUGUAACAUGUCUGAAACUGUUUCAUAGUAUGCUCCUUAUGCCAAUUCAAAUGUGAUGUGAUGUGACACUGUCAACACAUCAGCCUGGCACUGUACUGUUGUGCUUUCUUGCAUGUGUUGCACCUUCUAAGAAAUUCAUGUGUUACACCUUCUGGAAUUUCAUAUAAAACCAAUCCACGUAACACUGAGACAUCAAAAACUUCAAGAUUUGUAUUUUCACUGGUACAUAAAUUUUGUACACAUUCGCUUACGAAGCAUUA